UUGCGGUGGUGAUCACUACAUCGUCGUCAGCAGCAGCCAGUAGCGACCGCUGCGUUAACACUUCGAGUGCCUUGACCGACGAGAGAGAGAGAGCCGGCGGUGGUGAUGAUGAUGAUGGUGGUAGUGAGGCUAUAACCUCGUAACUUUGCUAAACAACAACAACAACAAAAAACAACAACCCACCACCACUACCCCACCCAAGAGACAUCGGGAGACUGCUACAACUACUGGCGCAGAUGAUGGCUAGGAAAUGGUGGUAACAAUUUCGGCUUGCAAGACUAGAUCACCGCAGUUACACACACGCACACACACACACGCGCACACGCACGCGCACGCACACGCACGCACACACACACACGCGCGCACACACACGCACACACACACGCACGCACACACACGCGCUAAAUCUAUUCGUGUGCGUGUGCGCACAUGAAGAGGCUUGGUUAGUCGUAGAGAACUCGGCUCCGUAAAGAGGCAGAAGAGUGAAGAAUCGAUUGUUGGACCGCAGCCAUCGACUCGCUCCGUGGUGGACACGGAGCUGACGUCAACCCUGGAUCAUCGUCCUCAUCCAGCAUGGCCUCGAGCAGCCACCACGACACGGGUAAGUUGCUCACGGAGUUGCUGUACUGCCUCAAGUACAGCACACUCGGAGGUUCCCAGGAGAACUUGAGCGAGGAGAUACUCAUCUACCUGGAACAGGCGUUCGGCUGCAGCACUGAAGUCAUGCAGGCAGCGCUGGACAGCGUCAAGAAUGCCAAGGCUCCAGUUUUCCAAGUGCGGCUGCUUCUGGGAGGGGCGACCGGGUUGCAGAACAAGAGCGUGGACGGCCCCAGCCGCCCCUACUUGACGCUGUGCCUGGGGGGGCAGGCGGAGGCGAGUGACGCGGGCGGCCUGCAGCGGAGCGCCGUCAGGGAAGGUCCCCAACCCACGUGGAACCAGAACUUCAUCGUUGACCUGGGGAAUUCUGACAGCCAGUCGUUGGUGCUGAACGUAUGGAACCAGCAAAGUGGAAACUCUCUCGUGCGCAUGCUGACCAAGCUGAGCAGCGCAAGGCGCCUUCAUCGGUGA